CCCCGCCCGGGUGUCAGCUGGAAGACGCGGAAGGGCGGAGGGAGGGAGCGGACGGCGGUGACUCAUCCUGUGGAGCCGGGGGCGGGCGCUGCGCGGGUGGCAGGAGAGCCCGCGCUCGCGGGGGGCGGCAGCGCCGGGCACUGAGGAGUUAAGGGGGCGGUGCCGACGUCUCCCCGCCCAUCCCGCCCCUCGAGGGCAGCGGCGCUCCGCCCUAUUUAUAGCAGCGGUGCCGGGCGCGUCGCGUUUCUCCGCAGGCCCCGGCCGCGGCGUCACUGGCAACCUAGCGAAGGUGCUAUGGAGCGGCCGGCUCCCCUAGCCGUGCUGCCCUUCUCGGACCCCGCUCACGCCCUGAGCCUGCUGCGCGGCCUGAGCCAGCUCCGCGCCGAGCGCAAGUUCCUGGACGUGACCCUGGAGGCAGCGGGCGGGCGCGACUUCCCGGCGCACCGCGCGGUGCUGGCCGCCGCCAGCCCCUACUUCCGCGCCAUGUUCGCGGGGCAGCUGCGCGAGAGCCGCGCCGAGCGGGUGCGCCUGCACGGAGUGCCUCCCGACAUGCUGCAGCUGCUGCUGGACUUCAGCUACACGGGCCGCGUGGCGGUAAGCGGCGACAACGCCGAGCCGCUGCUGCGCGCCGCCGACCUGCUGCAGUUCCCGGCCGUGAAGGAGGCGUGCGGCGCCUUCCUGCAGCAGCAGCUCGACCUGGCCAACUGCCUGGACAUGCAGGACUUCGCCGAGGCCUUCAGCUGCUCGGGGCUGGCGAGCGCGGCGCAGCGCUUCAUCCUGCGCCACGUGGGCGAGCUGGGCGCCGAGCAGCUGGAGCGGCUGCCACUGGCGCGCCUGCUGCGCUACCUGCGGGACGACGGGCUGUGUGUGCCCAAGGAGGAGGCCGCCUACCAGCUGGCGCUACGCUGGGUCCGCGCUGACCCGCCGCGCCGCGCCGCCCACUGGCCGCAGCUGCUGGAGGCCGUGCGCCUGCCCUUCGUGCGCCGCUUCUACCUGCUGGCGCACGUCGAGGCCGAGCCGCUGGUGGCGCGCUGCCCACCCUGCCUGCGCCUGCUGCGCGAGGCGCGCGACUUCCAGGCGGCGCGCUACGACCGCCACGACCGCGGGCCCUGCCCCCGAAUGCGUCCUCGCCCCUCCACCGGUCUCGCCGAGAUCCUCGUGCUCGUGGGUGGCUGCGACCAGGACUGUGACGAGCUGGUCACUGUCGACUGCUACAACCCGCAGACGGGCCAGUGGCGCUACCUGGCCGAGUUCCCAGACCACCUGGGCGGGGGCUACAGCAUCGUGGCGCUGGGCAAUGACAUCUACGUGACGGGUGGGUCCGAUGGCUCCCGGCUCUAUGACUGCGUGUGGAGGUACAACUCGAGCGUGAACGAGUGGGCAGAGGUGGCACCCAUGCUGAAGGCCCGCGAAUACCACAGCUCCUCUGUGCUGGACGGACUGCUGUAUGUGGUAGCCGCCGACAGCACUGAGCGCUAUGAUCACACCACCGACUCCUGGGAGGCCCUGCAGCCCAUGACCUACCCCAUGGACAACUGCUCCACCACCGCCUGCCGUGGCCGGCUCUAUGCCAUCGGCUCCCUGGCCGGCAAGGAGACCAUGGUGAUGCAGUGCUACGACCCGGACACCGACUUGUGGUCGCUGGUGGAUUGCGGCCAGCUCCCGCCCUGGUCCUUCGCCCCCAAGACUGUGACUCUAAAUGGACUCAUGUACUUUGUCAGGGACGACUCCGCCGAGGUGGACGUGUACAACCCGACGAAGAACGAAUGGGACAAGAUCCCGUCCAUGAAUCAGGUGCACGUUGGGGGCAGCCUGGCCGUCCUUGGGGGAAAGCUGUACGUCUCUGGGGGAUAUGACAAUACAUUUGAACUCUCGGACGUGGUAGAGGCCUAUGACCCAGAGACUCGCGCAUGGAGCGUGGUGGGGCGGCUCCCAGAACCCACCUUCUGGCAUGGCAGCGUCAGCAUCUUCCGCCAGUUCAUGCCCCAGAGCUUCUCAGGUGGGCGCGGCUUCGAGUUGGACAGUGGCAGCAAUGACAUGGACCCGGGCCGACCCCGGCCGCCGCGGGACCCUGACGAGCUGCACUAGCCCCGGUCUGGCCCUGCAUGGGCCUUGGUGCAGGUAACUGGCACCUCUGCGGGGCACUGCCCCACUCCUUUGUGCACGAGGACAGGUUGGGCUCACAGGAGGAGCACAGGCUCUUGGGUGGCCGAGCAAGCCCAGGAUCCAUUACCUGGAAAGUUUCUGUGCCUUGAGAGCCUAAAUCUGAGGCCAUCGGGAACGCCCUUUCCGCAGUUGAGAAAGAGCUACCUUCCUGCUGGCACAUGUUUCUGGGUCUUGGAGGUCACCCCCACCCUGCGGAUCACAGCUCACCCACGAGGCGCACACCCCUCCUGCUGCUGUCAUCCGCACCUACUUGCUCCCACGUUGGGAGAGGAGGACAACUUGGGAGGGAUGCGUGAAGGGAGGAGGGGCCCUCCCAUGAGGCUGAGGAUGGCCUGAACCUGGAGCAGCAGACCAGGCACCAGGCAGAGGCUGAAGUGGGGUCCCAAAUUCCACAUCCAGAGGUGUGGGGAGCCUGCCUCCCUAGCUCCUGGCCCCUGCCAAGGGCUUACAUCAAAACACCGCGGAGUGCGGGUCUCCAGAGGCUGCACCCAGGACAGUGGGACAUGAGCAGGGGUGUGGGCUGGGAGGGUGAAGAGGAUGUGGCCAUAUCAGAUGCUGGACCUCCCCAGCCAUAGCCCCCCGCUCCCGCCCCGACUGGCUGUUGUGUCCUCACCUCUCACCCUAUCCUUCACCGGCCUGGGACAGAAGCCCAGGGGAGGUUUCAGCGCUCCUGAAAGGUCAUAGCUCCUUCCCAGGAGGCGGCCAUUGACACCCAGCCAAGCAGACAGCUGCGGCUGCCCGAGCCCUUGCUGGACCUGCGCAUGAAGAGUCCCACCACUUCCAAAGGAAGUCCUGGGUAGGAGGUGGCCUUGGUGGUUGGUUCCAAAGUGGAAAAUGCUUGCAGUGUGACCUUAGAAGAAGAAGUGGGAAGAAGAGGAAGCUCUACAGGGUCAGCUUUGUUCCAUUUUUCGAGUCUAGAAAGUCCUGUUGCCAAAGCUUUCUGCAGGAGCUCCUGGGCGAAUGCCGCAGCUUGGCGGCCCCUGGUUUUCUUAGAAAUGGUCAGUUUCCCCUCAAAGUACCCAAAGUAGCCUUGGCUUGAGUUUUUGUCCUUGCCUCCCUUUUCAGAGAAGAGGGCGUUUAGACUGCAUCUUCCUCGUUAAAGAAAAUUAAAGCAAAUGUGUGUUGCCUUUUCUAGUGAACUAACUUGUAGAGAAGUUCUCAGCAGGAAGACAGUCUUAGCACUGUCACUUAGCAGAUUGCACUUAAGACCCUUGUGCUGGCCAGAUGGCAUGGCUGGUUGCCUUAAUAUGUCCCCUAGGAAGGGCUAGGGGACACCUGACAGGGCUGCCUGGCCUCUCCCUCGUGCUCUUGAAGAGCCCAGUCCGUACACUGUGGAUGUCAUUGCUGUCGGGUUAGAAAGUCUUGUCCUAGAACGCCCUGGCUGGUGUGGUUACAGUUCGUGGCGGCUCUUCUCCCUUGAGUCAUGGUCAUCUCCCAGCACCUGCUGUGUACCAGGUGCUGGUCGGAAGGCUGAGGAUGGGGUCCCAACACUGUCCAGGCCUGCUGGGACCUGGCUGGGAGUCCUGUGGGCAGCGUGGAACAUGCAGCUGGGCUUCCUGUGACCAGGCGCCCUCUGGCACGGUUGCUUGCCCUGUGCCCUGGGCCUUUUCCUGCCUUCGUCCUUCCUCUGCUCCCUUGGGGCUACCCCUUGGCCUCUCCUGGUCUGUGCAAACUCCCUCAGGGAGCUUCCCUGCCCUGGAGCACUCACUUAACUUCCUAGGGGGCUGCUGAGCCCAUCCAGAGGUUGUUGGAGCUCAGUGGGGCAGCUUGUCUCCCUUGGCAGCAGGGGCAUAAGGGCUGGGUUUGGCCAUACAAGGUUGGCUAUGCCCUCAAUCCCUGACUGUCCCAGGCACUGAGCUCAGCACCCAAGGAAGGACAUGCUGUCCAGACUAUGUGAUGACUGCCAGCACAGGGCAUCUCGGGCAGGCUGGGCUGUGAGGCCUUGCCUCUGUGGAAGAGAACUCUGGGUUCCUGUUUUCUCACUCACUCUUUGCGGCUUUGCUGUGAUUGGCAGCUGCCAUACUCCAGGCCUGUGGUGGCCACUCAGACCGGCUGUGGUGCGAGCCAGUGCAGGAGAGCUGGGUUUGGGAUUGUGCCCUUUCCUGUGUCUGUCCUCUGGACCUGCCCAGGUCUCCACCAUCAGGACCCCGUCUUUGGGUUUAGAAGACCAAGUAUGGGGAAGAGCAGGCACCAGCCUCUGCAGCAAUGGAUCCCUCUAGCCUGUGGACACCAGCUGGGGGAUCCAAGGUCAGGCCCUCUCCUUUCCCCAGCUCCCCUCUGCUGUGGGUUCUGGGCUCUCAUGUCCCCACCACUUAAGGAUGUCUUCACACUGACUUCAGGACAGAUGCUGGGAAGCCUGGGCAUGGCCACGUGUUAUGUGUACAGAAUUUUGUCUACAGCACAAAUUAAGUUAUGUAAACACAGUGACUGGUAUUUAAUGCUGAUCUACUAUAAGGUAUUCUAUAUUUAUACGACUUUAGAGACGCGUAUGUAAUAAAGGACGCCCUCCCUGCAGUGUCCACAGGGUCGGGCAAGUUGACAUAUUAAUUUUUGUCUAUUCUGUAGGCUUCCAUGUCCAGAAUCCUGCUUAAGGUUUUGGGGUACCUUCAGUACUUUUUGCAAUAAAAGUAUUUCCUAUCCA